AUGGAUUCGCCAAAAUCGCCGCCUGGGAGUGUGCGUCGCCACGGACGCAAUAUUUCGCAGCCACUUUUACGGAGGAGCACGAAAGGUCCAUUAGACGCGGUGGACGACCCACUGGCCAACGCAAAAUCUACUCCACCCAUGGCAUCUCCAGUUGAGCAAGCUCCGUCGACCAUCUCUGCCGAUUCUACACUCACAGAGGCGGCCAUACCACAACGAGCAAAGCCAAACGUAGACAUUCGCUUCCUUCAGGCCCCGAAUCUGUAUCAACCAAUUCCAACAGAUGACGUUGCCCCGCCCUUCUUGUUAGCGAAGCAUCAACCUCCGUCCGAUACACCGCUGUCCAAUCUCAUCCAAAGCGGCCACUUUCGUCGCGCUGCCGGUGUUGCGGCGCAGCAGAUCCUGCAAUGCACAGCAGAAGAUGCCGAGCUUGCUUUCCAGCUACUAUACACCAGGUUUGCUUGCCUGAUUUUGAUCUCUCGCCCUGAUUUGGCAGCUCAGGAAGCGGUCCCGCUGCUUGAUAUAUUAGCCCGUAGCCCGCCGGGCGCUGAAGACCUGGUGGCUGUUAUGCCUUGGGAGCUGCGGCUGCUACUGAUCAGGUUGCAAUCAUUCACAGCUGCCGAUGGUGGUCGGCGGGGAGUCAUGGCUCUCUAUGCAUUGGCAGGUGAAUGUCGCGCGCGUGUCAAGGAAGCCAGAGCAAGUGACGAGUCUGCCGAAGUGGAGUCAUGGGUACAGCGCUUACGAGAUCUGGGUCUGCGAGUUGUAGAUGCGCUCGUAGAGAUGGGUGAGCUCGAGACUGCAACCAGGCAUCUCGAUUCUUUGUCGGAUGCGGAUGCAAAUGAGGUUGCUUACCGCAAGACACUCCUUCGCACUCGCGUUGGUGACAUGCAAAGCGCAAGAGAUUGCUUGGGCGGUGUUCAUAAUGCCAGUCGCAAAGCAGCUCUCACCGUGCUCAUGGAGAUGGCAGACGGAAAAGAGGCGACAAGAAGCUGGGAGUCACUAAUGAAUACCGAGUCCGAUCAUCCCGCCUAUGCAAAUAAUCUGGCUGUCGCGAUGGUCUAUGCUGAUCGAGUUGUGGAAGCCCGGGACUUGUUGGAGACUGCAGUGGCGGCCAGUCCUGCUUUCGCUGGCGUGCUCUUCAACAUUGGCACGAUUUACGAGCUGUGCAGCGACCGCGCUGUGGAUCAUAAGGCCGCACUGGCACGUAAGGUAGCCGAAAAGGAGCCUGUGCCGGCAUCUGGUGGGUGGGAAAGAAGUACAUAUGACUUCAAGCUAUGA